AUCCUGUGACACACACCCACCUCUUGUGUGCAGUACGAAACAUGAAUCUCCAACCAAACAAACGUUUAACUAUUAAUAAGCGUACCCUUAUUUUGCAUCCGGUGAAUCAUCAGAAAGCGGAGACGGGCUCAGGGAGGUCGUUUACUUCUACAAAGUACAGGUUGGGUUUCUUAGAAAAUGUGAAAUAUUCUACAGUUUUAUGGUUUGAUCCAUCCAAAACUCCAAAACAUCGAGAAACAUGGUGGUGGGAGAUUAAUGAUGAGGCCUUGAUUUUAAUCAGAUGAAGCUGAAGUCCUAUAAAGGUAGAUGGAACUAUGAAGCCAUUCCAGAUUUUUAGAAAAUACUUAUUUAUUCUUAAUUCAACAACUGAUUAUCUUAGAGGAAGAUGUAGUAGUGAAAAAGUGUUGACGCAGUCGUGUUCAGGAACGCACAUAAAAAAGGGGAAACAGGACAUUGGGUCAACCCCGCAGUAGAGAAAAGCAGCUGGACAUAAUGUAUUAUUACCACACUGGUGCAGUCAUUUGGAUGCUGGGGUUUCCUAUCAAGACAGAGCCAUGUCCCUCACCUACGUCUUCACUGACUACUACUUUGAAAAUGAAACUGAACCGCUCGACUUGAAUCUAAACACAAUACCAUGCAAUCCAAAGCCCCUGGAUCCUACUGCAGGGGCGAUCUCGUCUCUGAUCCUCAUAGCUAACUUUUUACUGGCGAUCCCGGGCAAUUUGUUGGUAGGAUGGGUGAUCAGCUCCAGCAGACAGGUUUUGACUUCAUCGGACGUCUACUUGUUCCACCUGACCAUAGCAGACGGACUCAUGGCCCUGACGCUCCCAUUUUUCGCAGUAGCGCUGGUUUGGGGGUGGCUCUUUGGUGACUUCAUGUGCAAGUUCCUCAACCUGGUCAUAGAGGCAAACUUCUACACCAGCAUCAUCUUCCUGGCUUGCAUCAGCGUCGAUCGGUACCUUGUGAUUGUGCGCUCCAACGAGACCCACGGGACUAAACAGAGGAAGUGCAGCAGGAUCCUGUGCGCGGCGGUCUGGGCCCUCGGCUGGGGCCUUGCUUUGCCUGCCCUUUUCAACGACGUCUUCAAGCUUGACGAGGACUCUGAGAGGCUCAUUUGCACGGAACGCUUCGACAUUGGGAGCGUCACCAGUUGGAGGAUCGCCACUCGUGGGUUUCGCCAUAUCUUCGGCUUUCUGAUCCCGCUGGCUGUCAUGGUGGCAUGCUAUGGCGUCACCAUCGCCAGGCUGCUGCACACUCGUGGUUUCCGGAAGCACCGGGCCAUGCGGGUGAUCAUGGUCGUGGUGAUCGCAUUCCUGCUGUGCUGGGCGCCGUACCAUAUAACCAUGAUGAUCGACACGCUGAUCAGGACCAACCUGAUACGGUUCGACUGCAGCUUCAGGAGGUCGGUGACCUUAGCCCUAGAUAUAACCAACACCCUGGCUCUUCUGCACAGCUCCAUAAACCCGUUCCUGUAUGCCUUCGUGGGAGAGAAGUUCAGGAAGAAAAUGAUGUGCCUCAUGCAGAAGAAAUUCAGACAGGAGAGGAUGUCGGGGUCAAAGGUCAGCCGGUCAACCUCUCAGACCUCGGAGGGAACUGGAACAAUUCUCUGAAUGUGGUGGKCUCUUAAACYUAGUGCUUGUAUAGUGAGAGGAAUCAACAAACAUGGAGACGUGGCUUAACGUUGUCUUUGUAUCUGAUUUGAGAUGAUGAAAACUGGCAGCAGUGUCCAAAUCCAUCACAAAAUUAAGAUAAAUUAUAUCAACUUUAGGACGUAUCAGUUUUUUGUUUGUUUGUUUGUUUGGAAAUAAAAGAGUAUAAAUAUUUCAAUUAUGUUCAAUGGUAGGACUUGUUGUAUUCCUCUUAGAUAUUAUGACACAUUGCUGCCAUCUACUGGAACUCGUCAUGUUACACCUAUGUCGCCUUUAUUCAUUGACACAAAGGUAACACAUUUUGGGAUAUGUUUAAGAAAAUAAAGUACAGUUAAAUCCCUACAUGUAGAAUUUUACCAUAUUUACAAAUGUACAGUGUAAAGUUUCAACUUUUAUCUUUCUUCUUUGUGAAUAGACGAUGCUGAAUGUGUGCUUUCAUAUGCAAAUACAUAAAAGUAUAUUUUUUUCUAUCCAAACUUGUUUCGUUUGAUUGUAACCAAUAAAUCUAUUUACAAG